UGGCAUUCGAAUUGGAUUUUACUGGCUGCAAUGCUUCUGAUAUCAACACCUUUUUCUCGGGACAUUAUUGGCCUGCUUCAUGCCUGGACAUGAACAACAACGAUGAUUACGCACAAGACUCCAGCAGAGUGCACCAUGACGCUGCUCAAAGGACACGCUCGGACACCCACCGUCGCCGGAAGCGUACCACCUUCAGUAAGGCCCAGCUGAGCGAGUUGGAGAGGGCCUUCUCUGUCACACAGUACCCGGACAUUAAAAUGAAGGAGUCUCUUGCAUCCUUAACCGGGCUCCCGGAGUCUAAAAUUCAGGUCUGGUUUCAAAAUCGACGAGCUCGCUAUUUCAAAAGCAAGAAAUCCUCCAGAGAGAUCCCCAAGCCCUCGUCAGACUUCCUCCACCAGUUCUCCUACACACCUUCUCCCAGUUCACCCUUCCCACAGUUUGCUCCUGCUUUCCCUCAUUACCCAAGCCUGCCUUCCCCACCAGGCUACCCUGCUCCCAGUCUACCUCAGUCCACCAGACUCUCCACCAUCCAGGGGGUGCCCGCACCUACAUCGCCCUUUGUCGCCCACCAAGCUGCACCGUGCUUCCCUCAUGGACCGCGAGUUACCCAAGACUACCAAACCCCUGACUUUACCGAUUACUGCCCAUUGUUCCCACACAGUGGACUCAUUGAAUGGGAUUUGACGGAGGAGUUUGAGGCUUUCCUCGGAGAAGCACAGGUAUCCCAGCCUAUUGGGAGUCGCUGCGCUGAAUUGGGACAUCCGGAACCCAGGGAGAGCAUGCCGAGCCAGCAGAGCUUCUCCAGCACCGACGUGUCCACAAAUGACCUCUCCAGUAUGUGCUUUCCGGAGCUGGACAACUUUAAUCUGUCGGAAUUGGACAUUUCUGCUGCAAUGAUCGAUUAUAUUUUGGGUUGACUUGUGAAAUUUGUUGUACAUUGAAAUAGGCUACGUAUUUAAAAAACUAAUUGUAAAAAUUAGUAUUGAGUUUAGAGUAUUUAUGGUGAGAUUGCCCUGAAGAAAGUGUGAAUUAAAUGUAUAGAAAUGUUCAGAUAACCCUAUUUACACAUUGUGGAUUAUUUUAUGAGCUUUACGAAUAAAACACAUGUUAUAUUUA